AUCGUGGACGACACUUGACGUCUGGCGAGAAGGUAGUGUGAGGUAGCGAUUCAGUGAUACAUCUCUCGCGGAAGUAUAAAUUCCGUGUAUUUAUUUAAAACCUUUGCAAUAAAAACGGGCAAUCGACGAUCAUAAUUUUUCGGUGUGAAGUAUUGUUUUUCCACUGAAUACAAUAGUAACAAAGAUAAAAUUUUAUCAGAUGGAAAACCGAAUUGUCUCGAAGAAUUAAGAGCGAAGGGUUGUACCAGAUAUCGUUCAGGUAUACAGAUAUACAGUACGUACAUAAGUUAAAGGAAAUUCUUGUUUCUUCGAAACGAGACUACUGACUGUGACGCAUUCCUACAUAUCGAAGGGUUAUGAGGACGCGUAAUUUCCAAAUCGUCGAGGACUCGUUCUACCGUUUAAGUUACCCGUUUUAUUUGACAGCUGACACAACACGAUGGCCGAUGAAAAGUGCAAGGAAUGCGGAUGCAUUUGCGCCCAGUGCCGCGGCAACGUCGAAAAUCAUGCCGACAUGCACUUGCACGUUGAAAUAGAACAUCUACGGCAGAGGCUGCUCGAAAGAGAUAGCCACAUAGUCACUAUGGAGACUCAAUUUCUUAACGAGGCUGAUAGGUUUCCUAACGGCGAAUUGGCUUCAAUGAGAGAGGAAAUGCUCACGUGGCAAGAUAAAUAUGCAAGGCUAUACGAGGCCCAUAAAAGAGUACAGAAGGUGAAUCAAAAUUUGGAGGAUAAGCUGCUGAGGAUAGUGGAUAAAUGCGAAACGGAGAAAAGCGCCUUCACCAAGGACAUUGCAACCCUUUCCCACCGAUUGGCUGAUGCCAAUUAUACGAUACACCGAUUAACACAGGACAAUGAGAAGUACAGAAACGACGUGAACCUUGCCAUCCAAUUGCUGCAGUGUAAGCCUUCGAAUUUCGUCAGCCAGAGAUACGAUUCGCUCCCCUCCGAAGUCCAGGCGAAAGUGAGAACGUACGUUUCUCAAAAGAGGGUACCAAAUGAGGCCGUAGCUCCGCCGGAUGUCAAGAGUAUAACGGUGCCAAUAUCGACCUUUCCGCCAACGGCGAUGGUCUACAACGUUACGAAGACCAACAACGUCGAGAAGGACAGCGAUGACGAGAGCGACGACUCUAAGCCACCGGUCGACAUAGUGUCGGCUGCGAUAAUGGCUAAGGUAUUGGAGGAACGGGAGCGCGAGAGAGUGUUCGCGAAACAUUGUGACACUUGCACGUGUCACAGGAGUAUACUGACGAACGACGUGGAAACCCAGACAUUGAACAUCCAUCGAAACGAGUCGGACAAUUUCACGAGUCAAAAUUUCAUCCCGGAAAAUAUGUCCCAUUACAAUAACGGCGCGGAGUUGAAAGGCCAAAAUGAAAUGUCGAACCAAAGCGAAGAUAGCAGGUCUAAUUUAAGUGUAAAUAAUACCGCGAAGCGUGCCGCUCUGCAGUUGCAGUACGUGAAUGAGAGGGGCAGCCUCAAUCAUACCUCGAUGAGGAAAGAUGCCGCUCAGUCGGUCAAGUCGGGUGACAACGGUCCGCAGUCGAAGAAGAAAAACGAGGCUCAGAAGGACAGUGGCACGAAGAAGAUAGCCUCUCAGUACAGUCCGAUGAAACGGGCGACGUUCAACCAGAACCCGGCAGAAAGAUCGUCGAGGCAAUCAGCGAAUUACAGAGUUUCGAAGAAAACUGAGUCUCACGGUAGUUACAGACUGUCAUCUAAGUCCGGCAGAGAGUGGACAAAGUACGAGCAGCUGCCCAGCGAGAUCGAUCUCAUCGACCUAAAGCAGAACUCUCUACCGCAGCGGCAGAUAGACGUGAUAAACGACAGAAUAUGGAAGAACGAUGGCAGGUUGAGAUCGAAUGGGGGGCUCAAGUCCAGCUCCGCAAAUUCCAGUGUUGACGCCGGUCCGGAUCCGGGGAGGACCGAAGCCAGCGAUCACACGAUAGACGUGAUAAACGACAGGACAUGGAAGAGUAACGUGAACGGAGGAGCGAGGACUGACGGCGGAAUCGCGAAGCCGCGAAUGACGCUGAUCGAGGUGAAACCCUUGACGAUGGAUUCGACGUCCCUUCACAUGCAGCACCACCAGCAACAGACGGACACCAGACUCCAGCAGUCGGAAGACACGGCAAGCCCGAGUUUCAGCAGCGACAGUUUAGUCAUAUCUAGUUCCGAUCCGCCGAGCACCUCGAGCGAGCUUGGCAGCAACAGGAUAAUGCUGAGCAAGUUGUCGGUGAACAGUAUGAAUAACAAUAAUAUAAACAACAGUAACAGUUUGAUGUCCAAUUGGCAGGACAGAACUACGGGUCCUCGUGGUUGUUCGAUGAGGAUAACACCCGGUUCGAAAAACAUCCUACUGGACAACGCGGGACACUAUCAGACGAUACUUUACACCAGCGGGACCAACGGGGGAAACGGAAUCGGGAGACCGAACACAGCGCUUGUUCACAGCACCGCGAAAUCGUCGAGGUCUGGCGGCUCGACGUCGACCAGCAGCGACGAAAAUUCGCCGGUAUUGCCGAGCGAUAAUUCGCAACUCCAGAGGGUCGCAGAGUGGAUAAAAGCCUCGGGACCGAUCGAGCGAGAGGUUGGCGUUAAGCCGGUGGAUGCGGACCGGAAGUCGAACGACGAGAUGUCCGUCAAGACGCUUAACACGGCCUUGACAAAGAUAAAGGACGGAAAAUCAGAGCUGAUGGACAUUGGAAGCGACAAUAAUACACCAAAUGGAACACACAGACGUUUCAUGGACCUGGGCGGGAAGAAAACUGAAGCUGGUGAUGGGCAGAAUUGCAACGCCAUUCGCGGACGAACGAGAGACUCUCAUCACUCGAGGUCCAGCCAUCCUCACAGUCUUCAGAUAGUGAAGGACGGUCACGCGGAUCUGAUUAGCUUCGAAUCUCCAACCGACGACGGUGAUGAUUAUCAUCAAUUCUCGUCGAGUAGCGAGUGUCUUGCGGUUGGUGACGGUGUUGCCAUAACUUCCCUACCGAAACCCACGGAUGUCAAAGUUACCAGAGAAAUGGAAGAGACUUACCUCAAACUUGCCGCUAGCCUUGAUCCGACUAAUUUGGGACUUUCGGACUCUCAGCGCGCCGAUAUUACUAUUGAAAAAUAUAGGAAAGAGUACAAACGCACUCACGGACAAAAAUUACCGGAAAAAAACUCCGGGUCGACUUCAUAAUAUUACGCUUUUAUCUACUUUUUAGCGAUCAAUGCGAAUAAUUCUUAUCAUUCUACGAUUCAACGGGAAAUAGAGUUUCAAUUGUUAUUUUAAACUGCUGACCCGCAAAAGUCCGUGCCAUUACUUCACUUUUUACUGGUGGUCGAGUUGGAAAAAAAUUGAUUGGUUAUACGGCGUACAGUAGUCUAGUCAAAGAAGCGUUGAAGUGACUAACCGACGGAAUGACCGUUCAGAUAGUGCAAGUAAAAAAAAUCGAUAUGAAUUCGAUUAGACCACUUCUGCUUAUGUUGGGAUAGCUUUCAAAUAAAGGGAAAAACCGCGAAUCUUGACCACUACAUCUCUCAUAAGGUAUUGUGAUGUCUGUUUUUUUUUUUUAAAUUUCAUAUUCAUUAACUGUUGUUUCUAUAAAAUUCAACUUGAUCAAUUUCCGGCAUACCUACGAACCUCGACUGCAUAUUUUUUUCUGACGUAUUUUUGGCUAAAGACUGUAAACGUGCAAAACAUUGAUUGUUUGGCCGAAUGGAAUUCUUGCCGUGACUGAAGUAGUUAGAAAAAUGGUAAGUAAAAAAAAGGAAAUAUACUAAAAUUAAGCUAUCAGUUGCAGCUGUAUAUACACACCAUCCGUAGUUAAGUGAAUCAUAACGGGAAAUAGCGAGAUACGAGUUUAGUUAGACGUUAUAAAGAUAGUAGCUAACAGCAUAGAAAUCUAUGCUCUCAGUACCAAUGGCCAUUUGUUAAGCGCGAUUUCAGUUGGCUCACUUUCAAAACGCCUCGAAAAUCUGGUUUUUUCUUGAUAUGGAAGUUGUAGGUUACUAUAAAAGAGAUUCUCAACAGCUCCUUUUCUUUCUGUAAUAAAUCAUCGCAUAAUCAUAUUUACAUACACCGUAUUCACUGUUCAGCAAUCUGUAUAUGGUAAUUGUACAAAUCAUUUAAUUAGUUUUAUGUUACUCCAGUGUUCAUUUAAAAAAGUAUAUUUUCAUCAACUUUUAGUUUAUUUCUAGUUUUAAUUUUUUUUUUUAUUCAAGUAGUCAUUCACGUAGCCCUGGCUGGGAAAUGUCGUACUGAGACCAGUUAUAAGUCGGAAAUAUGUUACGUGGGAUGCAUUUAAAAAUGUACGAAAGUCAUCCUGGGAUCCGAAAACAGUACACAUUUAUUUUACGUAUCUUGCAAGUCCUAUUUAUAAGCGAAAAAUGUCGACCAAAAGUCACCGGAAAAGUUCAUCAGCUGCAAUAAAGACUUGCGUUAUAUAGUUUUCAUUAUUUUUUGGGUAUCCUUACGUUUACCGAUCACUUCCAGGAUUUAAGUGUUUAUUUUUUUCAAACUGGGAUGUUUGAAAACUCGAGUUCAAUUUCUUUUUCUUGGACUAGUUAGACUUGAAACUUUUUCAAAGCAGCUUUGACAAACGUGAUAAUUGAUAAUUGUACUAUUUGAUGCUUGUUAAAUAUGCCUGUUCAUCAGCACGUUGAACGAUACUCGCGUCGUUUGAUAAUAAAUUGAUUAUUCGCAUGAUAUUGCGAAACACCCAUAAGUAUGGCGCAAAACGUGAAGUUUAAAUGUACAUAUGAUAAUUAUGAAACUACGUAAAGACAAUACUGAAUACUGAACUAAUUGAGAUAUGCCCCUAUUACUAUUAUUAUUAAUAUUAUUAAACGAAGAAAAUAAAUGUCUGUAUAUCAAUCCAGAUCAGCGUAUGAAACAUAAGUAACUAUUAUAUCUAUACCGUACAUCAGAAUUAUUUAGCAGCUGAAAUGCAAAGAAGAAGUAACAAAUGAGCAAGGAAAAAAUGGUACAGAAAGAGAAAGAAUAAAUGUGAGAAACGUAAUAUCAUUCCUAAGCAAUCCCAUGAAAUGUUUAUGUCGUAUACAUGUGUCAUUAUGGUGCUACUGUAUUAAUAAUUGAUAUACGAUUUGAUUUUUACUGAUCUGCAGUACUCUAAUUACUAAUAUACGUACAUGUAUAUGAAUCUAUGACAAUUAUAUCGAGACUGGUCGAUAAUACCGAUUGCUGCGACGAAAUAUAACAGGCGAUGAGAGAGUAAGAUUUAUUGUUAUUCGUUAAGAUUUAUGCCACGACGCAUUAACAGCAGCAUUACAAAAUCAGUUAGGUUUCUCUGACUGUGAAAUUUGGGUUCGGAAUGCGGCGAGUGCGGGUGCCGAAGUAUAUCUCAAUUCGCCGUUGUAAAAUUAGUACCUAAUAAAUAAUGUAAUCGAUAAAUCAAUACUAGCCAGUAUUAGUCUACGAAUUACUACGCGAGAGCGCAACCAAAACUUGUAUGCAUUGCAUAUUAUAUAUAUAUAUAUAUAUAUUAUAUUAUUCUGUAUAAAAAAGUUGAUUAUACCAAAUUAUCACAGGUUUAUGAUAUGCCUAUAUAUAAUUUUCCACACGCUGCAGGCUUAUACGGUUCAUAUAAAUAAUAUAGAAAUCACGCAAUUGUUUAUUCAAUGAUUAAAAAGUCAUCGUCGAUUGGCUUCAAUUAAUUUUUACGUAACUGCUGACUUUUGGUCAGCGCGAAUCUUUGAGAAAAUCGACCAUUGCGAAAAGUUGAACAUGGUCCGACGGCGUCUAUGAAACACGAUAGAAACAAUUUUGCAAAUUCUUUGGUCCGGUGAAAUUGAUUGAUAAUUUGAAAAUACAUUUCGUCAUACAUAAAGACAAAGUUUCGAUAAAAAUCUUCGUCACAAGUUAUCGGUACGAUAGUUAUGUUUUUACUCUGGUACACAUUGACUGGGUGUAACAGGUACUCGAAAUUAGCGAAUUGCGUUUUGAAAAUUGUUAGAUUUGUCUGUAAUACUGUAAAUGUAGCGAGGAUAAGAAGGAGAAGGAGAAAAAAUGAAACUGAAUUUUCAGCGGUAUAUAUUUUAUUACUCCGUACUGCAUGCGCUUAUAACUGAUUCGCCUAUUGCUAUCCUACAUACGUAUAUGGAUCACUGCAGGCUAACGAGGUUAUAAUAACUAGACAAAUAAUUGAGUGAAUAAAUUAUACACACAGUAUCGGAAGU